GGGUCCGGGAAGGAGUGACGUCAGGACCUGCCUUCGAUGCCCUUUGUGCCGCGGGAUGCCCAGCGGCACGACGUGGAGCUCUUGGAAAACAGCUUCCCUGCCAUCCUGCGUGACUUUGGAGCCGUGAGCUGGGACUUCUCAGGGUCUAGUCCCCUGCCUCGGGGCUGGUCCCCGGCCCUGGGCCCUGGCUGCUACCAGCUCCUGCUCUACCAAGCAGGCCGCUGCCAACCCAGCAACUGCCGCCGAUGCCCAGGUGCCUACCGGGCCCUGCGGGGCCUGCGAAGCUUCAUGAGUGCCAACACCUUCGGCAAUGCUGGCUUCUCCGUCCUCCUGCCCGGGGCCCGGCUCGAGGGCCGCUGUGGGCCCACCAAUGCUCGCGUCCGCUGCCACCUGGGCCUGAAGAUCCCCCCUGGCUGUGAGCUGGUGGUCGGGGGUGAGCCCCAGUGUUGGGCUGAGGGGCACUGUCUUCUGGUGGAUGACUCCUUCCUGCACACAGUAGCCCACAACGGCAACCCAGAAGACGGGCCGCGAGUGGUGUUCAUCGUGGACCUUUGGCACCCCAACGUGGCUGGGGCCGAGCGUCAGGCCCUGGACUACGUCUUUGCACCAGACCCUUGA